AGAAGAAGAAGAAGAAGAAGAAGAGCCCAAAUUAGUUGCGACUUGGCGAAACGGGACGGAGAGAAGAGUGGAAGAAUUGGUGUUAAACUGUUAGUUGACAUGUCACCAACAUGUCCGCAGCCAUAUAUGCUUGCCUUUUCUUCUGGGGCCUUCAAACUAGCGAGGGAAUUGAUGUCAUUACUGUGCCAACUUCAAUCACAGUCAGACCAGAGCUGCCUCCACCACAGAAUGUGAUCGUGAUCUCUUUGAACACCAAUUACACUCUAAGCUGGGAAUGGAAUCAGAGUCAUUCAGAGAGAGGUGAUGUCACCUUUACCACACAAUAUGUGGGGUUUCAUCAGCUGAAGUCCAAGAUUAAGACUCCAAAUUGGUUUACAGCAUGUAAGGAGACAUCACGCAGGUCAUGUGAUCUUACAGCACUGCACUACCUGAGCAAGUAUGAGCUUCGUGUACAGGCCAACACAAAUGGGCAUCACUCUGAAUGGGUCAAGAAGGAGUUCUGCCCUGAAAAAGAUGCUGUUCUGGGCCCUCCAGCCAAAGUGGUCCUUGAACCUGCUGGAAGUGAUCUCGAAGUCAUCAUCUCUGAACCAAUGACGAGCGACAACAGCUCCAUGAGGAAAUAUCUUGAAAAGAUGUAUUACCUCAUCCUCUACUGGGAACGUUCUGCAGACUCAAAGGUUGUACAGAUCCAAAGGUUAACCAGCAUUGCCACCAUGGUGAUUCUGCCAAAACUAAAGGCUUGGACAUGGUACUGUGUGAGUGUCCAGUCACGCAGCGAUGACCACGCAGAGCCAAAGAACAGCAGCUUCACCACACCCCUCUGUAUGCAGACAGAAGGAAAUAUUCCGUGGUGGCAGAUUGUGCUCUACUUCAUGGCCUCAGUGGUUAUCUUCUUCCUGGUCGUGCUGCUGACACUCUUCUGCUCCUUUAAGUGCUACAAAACCCUCAAGAAAACGUUAUUCCCCUCCAACCAGCUGCCCCUACAUCUUAAGGAGUAUCUCUGUGGCUCUCCUGCCUCUGAUUUCCCUUGCCUCAUCACUCCGGUCUCAGAAUCAGAGCUGCUGUGUGAAAAGGUGACCAUCUGUGAGGCAGCAGUCCUUGAAAUCCACAACCUGCCAUUUGAAGUCAUGGCAGCUCCCCCGGAAGGCCUGGAGUUAGAUAGCAGGCAUAUUCGACAGGACAGCAGCAGCAGUGGAGACUCGGGUGUUUACUCUGCAGGAGGAAGCUCGGGCCUGCGACAGCACAACAGCAGCAGUCUGCCAGGCACAGGGCGUCAGGACCUGUGGCAGAGCGCGACCACUGACCUGGAGCAGGUAAAGAUGGAUAAAAUGACUCCAGUACUAAAGAGUCGGCCUCUGAUCACAGAAGAGCGCAUUGUCGACAUGCGUGUCUGAGUAUGUGUAUGGGAAAAGGCAUUUGUUGAGAAGAGACCAUGCCUGAAAGACUGAGGAGGUUUAUGGGGAAAAUGUGUGGUGCCUUUUCUCCAUCUGUCACCAUUGAACAAUGAGAAGAAGGAGAAGCUGAAGGGAAAAAGAGAGCACUUACGAAGAAGAUUCUUGUCAUACAAAGCCCAUCAGUGUUGCUGUAUAUUUCUGUAAAAUGGAUCAUUAUUCUUAUGUUGAUGUACAGUUUGGCACUAUCCACAAAUACUUUUACUGCUGAUUUAAAUAUGGUAUUUGACCAGCAGUGCCCCAUCUGUCACUCUAAUUUGAAUUAGAAUGAGUUAUUUUUGUGCAUACACCAGUUAAUGAUAGUAAAGUUGACCACUGCAUUUAACCCAUCCUUUUUACACACCAGUAGUAAACACACACAAAGUCUGCAUUAAGAACCAUACUGAUCUGUUUAAAAUAAUGUUUGUGUUUUAUAUAGAUAUUUUAUUGUUACAUUGUUUUAAUUGGAUAACAAUAUUAGCUGGUGGGGUAAUAUUAAAGCUGAAAUAGAUUUAAACUUGAAAACUUGGUGAAACAGUGAUUGAAAAAAAACAAACCAUAUUGAUUAUCUUAAAGCCAUUUUUCCAGAGAAAGACAGCAAAUCUUUUUACAAUUUUUAAAUUGAAAUUGAAAUUGAAAUUGAAAUUGAAAUUUGAAGCAAUUCAGUCAUAGCUGACCCAGGGUUUAAACUGUGCUGUUAAUAAAAGAUCCCUAUGUUCUGAUGCACUACAUAAGUCUUGGAACUUGGGAACAAUUAAUAUCUUUAUGUUAUUGUCCUUGCUGUAGAAUACAUGAUAUUUUCAAUAUCCCAUCACAUUUUUAGUCUGUAACCCUUUGCCUUUUGAACUAAAGCGUGACUUAAAAAUCAUAUCUGCAGUAUCUGGCAGAAAAAUUGCAAUUAUUUAUUUUUCCCAAAUGAUUCAGCCCUAUUAAAUGGCAAUGUUUAAAACAAAGCUACAAACAAUAGAUGCAGAAAUAAAAUAAUAAAAAUAUUUGGUCUAGAACUGAGGAGAUUCAUUAUUCCUUGGGCCCCCUGAGUAAAUUCUAUCUUUUCUGAUGAUGACCUUCAUCGUGUCACUCAACCAUAAAGCUGAGUCGCACAAUGUUAUGUGCAUAUUUAGUCAUUUCCAUGUAACAAUAUUUGUCUGUUUUAAAAGUCCUUUUUAAAUGGUCAUAAUUUAAACACCCAGAUACCCAAAGUUCCGGCAUUAUGUUUGACAUGAAUAAGAAGUGGCUCUCAGAGCAUUAUCACACAGAUGAUUUUAGCUUGUCUUGCUUUGGAAAAAGGAAGUUUGGUAAAGAACUGUGCUCAGUGCAAAAGAGGAACUGUGGUUUACUGUGUGUGUAGCAUAUCUGUACACACACACACACACACACACUGCAUACAUUCUUCACAGCUGCUUACAGUCAUUACUUGGGCUGCAAUGAUUAAUUGUCAAUCUUCAAUUUAUUUAUAAAGCUCUUUAAAAACAACAGCUUAAACAAAGUGCUGUGCAUCAGAGAUAAAUAAAACAAAAUAAUUUACUUACACAAACAAGUACUGUAAUGCAAUACAACUAUAAGUGUGUAUUUUGGACUUUCUGGGUAUCUCACAGGACUACUGGAAUUAAUUUAAGUAUCACUUCAGUAGGUCUUUCUUAUUUGGUUGCUUUUUCAUUAAUUGCUAUUGUAUCUAGCUGGGUUGUUUGACUUCUGACUUGUUUAGUUAAGGUGAAAGUUUGUUGUUGAUUUUUUGUCAAAGUCAAUUUCAAGUCAAAGAGAGAGUUGUUAUUGUUGCGGUUUUGACCUAGUUUCUACUGAGCCAUCACCAUCACCAGGUGUGAAGUUUCAUUGGCUACAGGGGAGUGGCCAACAAAGCUGAGUAAGAUUGAUACCAGAUCCAAACCAGCAUUUCUCAGUGUGCAUUUUGGACUUUCUGGGUAUCUCACAGGACUACUGGAAUCUCCAGCAGAACAACAGAAAAAGCUCUGUCCCCUUUCAGCUUCUGUUUAGAUUUUGGUAAAUGUAGGAGCAGCUGAUCAGCUGAACUCACAGACUGGGUAGGAGUGUAGGGAUUAAGCAGCUCUGAGAAGUAAGGCGGGGCAAGGCCACUUAAGGAUUUAAAAACAAAUAAAAUAAUUUUAAAAUGAACUCUAAAAUGCACGGGCAGCCAGUGGAGUAAGAUGCGCAGCAGCAUUACCGUAAUCCAGGCGGGACGUAAGAAAGGCAUGGAUUACUAUCUCAAAGUGCUGUGUUGAAAGGAAAGGUUUUACCUUUUUGUUAACUUUCUUAAAUGAAAAAGGCUGGACUUCAAUACUGCACCAAUUUGACGGUCCAAUUUAAAACCACUGUUGAUUUUAUAACCCUGACAUGAAUAUUUCUUAUUUCUCUGCUCCAUAUAAGAAAUAAAUCAUUAAAACCUUUGAGAACAUCAUCAUUUGGAAGUUUGGGAAACAACCAUCAACAUUUUUUUUCAACACUUUAUGCACCAGCAUAUUAAUGACAGAUUAUA